AUAAUGAACUCUCUACGACUUGUUCUUAUCGGGAAAACUGGGGCAGGAAAGAGCAAAACCGGUAACACCAUACUAAACGGAGGAAGGCAUUUUCCAUCAUCUUCUCAAGGAUCAUCGUUAACUAAUGUUUGCAAACUUCGCGAUGCUAUCGUUUUUGGUAAACCAAUUUCUAUUGUUGAUACACCCGGUUUGUUGGACACCUCCAAAGAAGAGAUAGAAGUUCUGAAGGAAAUAACACGAUGUAUUUACGUGUCUGCACCGGGUCCACACGCGAUCAUUCUGGUAGUAGUUGUUGGAAGAUUUACUGCUGAAGAUGUGUACACGGUUGAAAGGUUUGUCAAACACUUCGGCGAAAAUCUUUUCAAGUACAUUAUAGUAGCUUUUACUCGAUUCGAUGAUUAUAAACGUGACAUGGAAGACAGUGGUAUAAUCGAGUUCGACAUCAAGACAUACGUUUCAACACUUCCUGGUCCAGUUAAAGAAUUUAUUAAUGACAAAUGCUAUGCCAGGGUUAUUGGAAUAGAUAAUACAUUAAAGGGGACUGAAUCCGAAAAGCAAGUGCAACAACUUCUCACUUUAGUUGAUGAUAUCAAAAGAGAAAAUAGCAAUACGUUUUAUACGAAUGACGAUUAUAAAAAAGCUGAAAAACAGGUCAAAGACGACAUGAGAAUAGAAGAGGAGCGCCUUAAAAUAAUAUUAGAGGCAGAGAAGGAAAGAAUACAGAAAGAGAUAGAACAAGCCGCUGAUGAAAAAGCGAAAAAACAAAUCCAAGACAAAAUGGAUGCAUUUGAACGCGAAAUGAUAAUCAAAUUGCAAGAAUCAAAUAUACGUAAGGAAGUUCAACAAAACACAGGUGAAGGGUUUAUCAAGUUUUCUCAGAUUUCUUCCCUUCUAACAAGUCUCGCCUCGAUCGGCCUCAAAGGUGUCAAGUAUUAUUCGAAAUAUAACAAAUGAUAUGCUUCUUUUUAUACAAUAUUAGUUUAUACAAGAAGAAAAAACAUUUAAUUU